ACCACAUGGAUGCGAUACGCGACCAAAGCAAUGCUAUAUUUAGUGAUUUGACAGCGUACUUUCCUUACAGCAGUGACUGAUUUGCCUCCAGGAGUUAUGUACUUUGGUGCAAGAGCUAUGUUUUCCUCUGUUAUAUCUAGGAGAGCUUGGAAAGACAGUUUAAUAUUGUUCAGUCGUGUUAGUUCGACGACGCUUCGAGAAGUGUCAUCAGCUGAAAAGUCGUGCUGCCUUCUAAGAACGAAAGAACUGAAUUAUUUAAGGGGAUGUUGUGAUUUAAAUCACCGAUCUUACUCUUAUGGGAGGUCUGUGCAGUCAGCAUCUCGUUGUGUGAAAAAUUCGAAGUGGAGAAAUAAGAAAACAGCUGCGAGUCAAUCUCAAGGAGAAAGUAUCAGCGGUCCUGGUCGACUGUUGUUUGCUGGAGCGUGUUUCGGAUUGGCCGGAUUGAGCUAUGGAUUGUGGCAUUUUCUGAAACAGAGGAGAUUUCCUGAGGUUUUAGCGCUGAGUGACAGCGAUAACAAUUCCAGAGCGAAACAGUUCAAUUUCAUCGCGGAUGUAGUGGAGAAAGCCUCGCCUGCUGUUGUUUAUAUUGAGAUCAAGGGGAGGGUUCCAUUUCACCCUGGUCUUGCUACAGUGUCAAAUGGAUCUGGAUUUGUUGUGCGAGAGAACGGCUUGAUCCUUACCAAUGCUCAUGUGGUAGCUAACAAGCCCGCAGUGAUAGUAAAGUUGAAUGAUGGACGUUCCUUUGAGGGCAGGGUGCAGGCUGUGGACCCCGUGUCAGAUCUUGCCACUGUGAAAAUUGACUGUAAUGGUUUGUCCACUAUACCUCUGGGAGAAUCCUCCAAGAUACGUCCAGGAGAGUGGGUGGUGGCUAUGGGAAGUCCCCUCUCCCUGACUAACACCGUGACAGCUGGAAUAAUCAGCACUGUACACAGGGGCAGCCAAGAGCUGGGUAUUCACAACAGGGACAUGGGUUACAUACAGACAGAUGCUGUGAUAAAUUUUGGCAACUCUGGAGGUCCACUAGUUAACCUAAAUGGGGAGGCCAUUGGUAUCAACACCAUGAAGGUCACUACAGGUAUAUCGUUUGCAAUUCCCUCAGACAAUGCCAGAGACUUCUUGAUGAAGGCUGAGAAACUACAGAAGAAAGUGGAGUCUAAAGGUUGGUUUGGCUCCCCCAGCCAUAGAAGUCCCACAAAACCCCGCUAUAUCGGCAUCACCAUGUUAACUCUGACCCCUGCUAUUCUGGUAGAGCUAAGACAGAGGAUGGGGGACUUCCCAAAUGUUACCCACGGGGUGCUUGUCCAUAAAGUGGGUUUAGACUCACCAGCUGACAGGGGUGGUCUCCGUGCCGGCGAUGUGGUCACAGGGAUUAACGGGGUAGCUGUACAGUCGUCGGCCGAUGUGUACCGGGCUAUUGAGGCCUCAGCUAGUCUGCAGUUCACAGUUCGGCGGGGCAGAGAAACCCUUGCGUUGAAAAUAAAUCCAGAGCAAGCCGAUUAGAAAGCUGCACUGAUUUCGCAUUAAAUUAAAUUUACUUUACA